GGAAAAUUAUUGCCAACAGCCAUGGCGAAGACUUUGUUGACUUUUGUAUGCUUAAUUGCUGGAGUGUCCUUUGCCUUGGCAGCCGGUAAGUGAGUGCAUAUGAACUCUAAGGCAAAACAAACAUUCAGUAUUUCAUGGUUCAUUGCGGCAGGAAAAGGUUAAAUUGGUAGAUCGCUGGCCUGAAGUACGGAAAGUCGCGGGCUUCAUUUCCAGGGCCAAUAUUCAGGGUCCUCAGUAAAAUAACUGGGGAAGAUUGUACUGCGCGCCUUUAUUCAAGUUCUCUGUAAAUUUUCUAUGGCACUGAUUUCACCAAUGUAAGUGGCACGGCAGUCGCAGCAUUUUUUCUUGUAUACUGCUCCCUGUCUGUCCUGUCUCCCUGUCUGUCUGAAACCGGCAGAAACCUUAGCACGCGACUGACUGAACACAAACGAGCGACAAGAAAUAAUAACGUCAACAAUCAUAUUGCUGAACACCAUUUACAGACCAAACAUUAAAUCAACUGGGACUCUGCGACAAAUUGUAUUACAUGUUCUGCAGAAUACUACUCACUUUAGAAAGGUGGUUUGCUAACUUAGAACAAACUCAACUCACUUAGUCUGAAGAUGACUACCACACAGGUUGCCGAAACGUCAGUCACUGUUAACAACAGUCCUAUUCAGCAGGACUAAGUUCACCCGGACGAUCAUGUUCAACAUACUUGUUGACUUCAAGAGCCAUUAAGGCUCUUGUUGACUUUUAUUGUAAACUUGUACUGAAUGUGUAGAUAGACUGAUGACGAUGAUGAUGAUGAUGAUGAUUAUUAUUAUUAUCAUUAUUAUUACUAUUAUUAUUAUUUCUCACUUUUUAUUGUUAUUAUUAUUACUCAAUUAUUAUUAUUAUAAUAUCAUAGGUGACGAAUUACUCCUUAAUUUUGGCGCGAAAUUUCAGCGUUAAUUUGUAAUUUCACAUGUGAAAUUACAAAAUUGCCAUGGCAACCCUUCCGUACGUCUCAGUGUCAAGAUGGCGACGAAGUUUUAAAAUGCGGUGAAUGAAGAUGUCAGGGCACAAAAAAGACGCUUUAGAAAACCUGAACACACAAGAGAUCAAGAAGAAUUCUAACAGGUAUUUUGCCGAAAAAGUCUGACAAUUUCUGAACUUUAAAAGCCAAAUUUAAGGUCUAAACAUUUGAGAGAGUGGAGUUCUCGAUCGAUACGAUCCAGGAUAAACAUGUCAAAAGUCCAAGAUUGCUAACGUAAUUCGUCACCCAUGAUAUUAAUAGGUAAUCAAAUGGUGACGGCUGAAAUUAGGGAAUAAAUUCCCUCGCCUUCAGGCGAGAGAAAUUAUUAGGAUUUGGACAAAACGCAAGUGAAAUAAUUCCCUAAUUUCACUCGUCACCAUUUGAUUACACAUACUUAUUAUUUACAUAUUUAUUUCCUGUUGUCAUUAUGGUUAUGACAAAGUAAUUCUGUGUUAAUCUUGAUUCAUCAUUUUAAUUCAAACUUUGACUGUAAUAUUUGUUGUUUUUCUAGAUUGGAGCUAUUAUCAAAACCCUUCAAAUGGUACUCUAUAUUUUUUUCUUCUUUGUUUUUAGUACUUGUAUAUGUUCGUCCUUCCUCCAAAACUGCGUCCUGAGAUAUACCUCUUUACCAUCUAUGGACCCAUCUGAGAUCAUCUCAGUGCCGUCAUCAACGACCUAAAACAAAAAAAUUCAGUAUUGUUUUCAUGCGGUGAAAUAACCUUUGCAAAGACAAUCUGUCGCUGCCAGCAAGGGUUUCUUUUUUAAAAAAGUAUAAAAAUGGCAUUUAACCGGGAGGGCGGUACAUAACUUUGUUUUUGCUAUACGGGUAUGUGCUGUUCGAUGGUUUCACUUUUUUACUUUCCAGGCAUAGGCACCUUACCAGACUACGACGGCGACGGCAACGGGAACGUCAAAAACACAAUAGGUUUUAUGAGCAAAACAAAUGACCCAAUUUUGAGUUGACUUGAGAACGGGAACGGCAAAACGAUAAAUCUUACUGUUUCUCUCUGAACUCGGGUGCACGGGUCCCCUCUCUUCAGUUCCAAACUAAAUUCCUUACUUUUAAGUAACUGUGUGACUUGGUAUGAGGGUAAAAAAAUUGAAAGGACGCAAAGUCUAUUUUUCAGCGACGCUUUCACUGGCGUCACCGUUGUCGGAUCUUUUUUGGCCUUUUUUUAUAUGCUUCGUUCACGCGGCAUAGGGUGAAUUCACGGACGGCUGAAAACUCUCAGUGACCGGAGCCUUCACACGUAACCGUUCAAUAGUUUCCUGUGUUCACACGAAACUGACGAGCCAGGUUAUAGUUAACUUUGAUUUAGCAUCUGCCCAUGAGCCGAGCGAGCGGCAUAGGUAAAUCCAAAAUAGCGUCCCUCAUAUGAGUUACCAGGCAUCAACCAGACCUUUGCGGAACAAAAAUAUACAUGUAUACUGUUAUGGUGUCUACGGCGCGAGACUUCCUUAAGGGGUGCAAAGAUACGAUGAAGAAAAAUGCCCCUAUCACCGGUUCACCUUUCUUUUGUUUUUCAAUAUACCUUGCUGGCACUGUAAUAAUGUAAUUGCAGCGUAAUUGCUUAGUAACUGUAGCAUCGUGUUUAAUAUUUCCAAGUAAACACUAAACUAAUUAAAAUGCGAGGGGAUUGUGUAUUAAUAUGCAAGGUGGAUAAGUGACUUAUUCCCCAUAAUCCCCUCGCAUUUUUAUUAGCUGUUCAUUAGCCCCGCUCUUCCCUUAACACAAUCAAAGCCGCCACUCGCUUUUCAGACAGUUAGUUUGGGGGUUAUUAACACUUAUUUCUCUAGCCCUCAUAGCCUCGGAGUCAAUAGCCCAUUCGGCCGAAAAUUGUUUUAGUAAAAUCCAACUAGUUGGUCAAACAUUUCGAGAAUAAAAAAUUUUAGCUAGUUAAAGCUAGACUUAAAUCCUUUUUUGCCGUAAAAAAGCCGGCGCUUUUCGCUACUAGUGGGCUAUAACAUAUAGUCUAGUAGUAGCUCAACCAAUCAGAACGCAGCAUCGAUAAUAGACCACUAGUUGGAUUUACUAAUUUAAUAUAUUCCCCUGAAAAGAACAAAGGAAUCCGAGCUCAUGUAAAAAUAAGAUUUUCAUACUGAAUUAUGCCGCACAUCCUCUGGUUUCAUUUUCCAGGAGAUCCCUCCUUCUCCCUUAGUUAGACUUUCGUCCCUUCCUUGCAAGGGAACGCUUGCUAUGAAUGAGACGCCGCAUAACCGAUUUGCGCACUUAACAUCAUAUGGACCUUCUAACUCUUCUUUAGGACCUGACAAUUGGGGAGGCGUAUGCGCUACCGGGAGCAAACAGUCGCCUAUAGACAUCAUGACCAACACAGCCAUGUAUGACUCAAACCUGGGUGGUUUUACACUUGUCAACUACAACACUAUACCAGCUGGUGUCAAUUUUACCGCUACAAACAACGGCAAAGGCUUGACAAUUUCAUUUGACAGCAAUGUGUACAACGUAAGCGGAGGUAACCUCCCCGGAACAUUCACCACCGUUCAGUUUCACUUGCACUGGGGAUCAAGCAACUACAAUGGAUCGGAACACACUGUGGACGGGAUGAUGUAUCCUGCCGAGGUGUGUUAUUUUUGAUGCUAUGCGGCAGCGUUAAGCUUUGUAUGAUGAGAGUAAUUACCUUGGUAAAAGCUGAAACGAUAGCCAUGAAAAAGGAAAAACGCUUCUAUGUGCUUAAGUCGCAAUUGGGUUUUGCUUCGCUCUGCCUUUGUUGAGUAAACGGCGCCGGAUUAUUUAAGCCAAUUACACGAGUUGAAUAAGAAUUAGUCAAAGUGAUCUAUUGUUAGAUUGAUUCCUUAACAAAAUUUAAAUCCACCUAAUACUGAAGUACAACCAUACCUCCGAUCAAACAAGUGAAUUAUACAGUGAUGGCGAAAAUUUUCCCGGCUCUUGCAAUAAACAAGACAAAUUACACAAAAGACAUAAAUUCUUUACUCACAAAAAAACCGCAGCAAAGUCGUAAAGAAUCCUUAAUGAUUAGAAUAUCUCAAUUAACUAUGGAAUAUGUGAGACUACUUCCAUUUUUCGCACAUGAAUAUAACUUGGGAUGACAGUCGUCUUCGGCUCAAACCUGAGUUUCCUGGAUUUCGCCAAGCAGAGUAUAAACAUCAUUUCAACGAAUCCAAAGCAUACUCAACACCUCCUUACGAACGUUUGAGUAUUUUAACUUUAGGUACCUUUGUUUCUGAUGCUUAGUGCCCAUUGUCGUUUUCACUGUCAGUUUAAAAAAAAGGUUUUUUUCAAUCUAGACGAUUGUGGCGUGUUUUAAACCAACCAAUAGACUGAAGCACCAGCUGAGGCAUUUGUAUUUCUGUGCCGCGCGUUGAGAGAAUUGUUAUAGUAUGUUAUUAAAAAAAAAUUGGACCAUGCUUUAAGCUUUGAGGUAGUAAAAUCAACGGGAGGUUCGAGUUAUAGAGGGUUCGAGUUACCGAGAUUCGACUGUAUAUAUAGAGUAAUGAAUGCACUUGGAAAGUUUGGAGAGCACUCAAGGAGCUAGGGUCGCUCACAGCUCUUUAUCUUCUCUCGUGCUCUCCAAACUUCCCGAGUGCAUUAACUCGAUUUAUCAUAUAGACACGAGUGUUUUACUGGACUAUACCACUCGUAAAAUUCAUAAAAACUACAUCCGGGACCCGAGUGGUUUAUUUUCCAUAAUCUCACAGGUGAGUUUAUCAAUGACCUAAUUUUGGCAAUUUUCCUCUAUUAUUUUAAUCGAUGUCAUUUUGUCUAUAUAAUAAAAAGAACAUUAAACGGCGGCUUGAAGAUAUGAAUUUUUUAUUUCUCGUGGCAAAAACAAUAUUUACUCACUCGCUGCGCUCGUUCGUAAAAAAUUGUUUUGCCACUCGAAAAUAACAUUCAUAUCUUCGCGCCACCGUGUAAUAUCCUCUAUAUACGCACGCUAAGCCUGAACCAAUUCUUUAAAAAGGUGGAUCUUUGCGCUUCUCCUCGUUUCCGGGGCGCCACAAUGGUGCGGAAAGCAUUACGAAAGCAUGUGGUUCGUGCAUCCUUUCCGAUACGUACACCACUAUAGGGGCGCCUUUGAAAAAAGCGGAAAAGAGAAACAAUGGGAACUGCUGCUUUUACGCACUUGUUGGAGUAAAAUAAAACAAAUUUAAAAAAUAUAUAUUCAUUUGCGUAAAAGCGCAUGAGUAAAAGCACCUUUACAGGCUCAGACAAGAAAAGGUCACCUUAAUUUUGCCUUUAGACACGUCGUGGAUAUGUUCUAUUUAUAAACACAAGGCAACAUGCUCCGCCAAGAAUCUUGAGAAAUUUUUACUUGUGGACCGGACAGCUCUUUAUAAAAGCUUCCUGCACAGGACUAACGAGCUCAUUUCAAUUUGCAGAUUCAUUUUGUCAGCUAUAACACUAAAUACCCAGACAUCGGUGAGUCACUGUCUCAUUCUGAUGGUUUGGCCGUCCUCGGUGUCUUUAUUGAGGUAACGCAUCCUUUCACUCUCAGUUUUGUUUUCCUAACCCAUACUUCUUCCCAAAAGUCUCUACAUGCAAGAGAAUCCGCAUUCCAGAAUCCGGGAAAUUUUUACUUGUGGAAUCUGGAAUGAAGGAAUUUUUGUUAUAACAUAGCGCGCGUGCUUGCCCUAUAUAAGUCCUAUUGAGCCGCUAUGAACAAAAUCUUUAUUUACGCACGCCCGUGCGUAAAUAAGAUGACGUAAGCAUUCUUUUUUUACCUGGCUGCAAAGUUGUCGUCUUUUAAGCUGCAGUGCAGUUUUCCUUCUCUUUAAAAUAUGGAAGAAACCAGCGAAGAAGUGCCCAAUUUUUCUAUCGGCAUUGACCUUUUAGGUCCUGAUCCAACAAGCAGCAAGAAUAAAGUCGAAUUAAAAAAAACUCGCAAGUUGCGCGUUUCGCAAAUUUGUCGGAAGACCAGCUGCAGCAAAUUUUGGCCGAAAGACAUUCACUGGGAACAGAACAGACACCAACUGGUCAUCAAAAACAUUUAAAGGUAAAAUUUCCGCUUUUAUUGUUGUUUUUAAAUUUGUUAUGCACUUUUGUUAUCUCCGGACAAUCCGACUGAAGCAGGAAAAUUUCUCUCGCAAUAACAACACAAAUUACACAAGAAGACAUAAAUUUAUUACUCACAAAAACAACUGCUGCCAGGUCUUCUCAAGAAGCCAUAAUGACCAGCCCAUGUUCGUAAAUGAAUAUGAGUUUAAAGAAGGAUGACAGUCGUCUUCGCAAAGACAUGUUUUCUGGAUUUCGCUGAGCAAAACGUAAACAUCUUUUCAGCAAAUCCAAACCAUACUCCACGACUUCUUACGAACAGUAUUUUAACUUUAGGAGAACUUUAAGACUCUUUUACCUUUGUUUCUGCUUAGUUUCCAUUGAUCGUUAACGAAUAAAGAAGCAAAUUUUCUUUCUCAGUUUUACUGAAAGAAUAUUUUCAUUCAAACUAGACGAUUGUGGCGUGUUCGUAAUCAGCCAAUAGAACCGUUUGUUAUUGUGUAGCGCGUUACGAGAAUUUUGCAGUUCAUCAAAAAGCAAGCAUUUUUGUCAGCUAUGUUAUAAAAGAAUUUGCUCAUGCCUUUAGCAGUGCGUAUAUCGAGUUAUGGAUGCACUUGGGAAGUUUGGAGAGCACUCAAGAAGCUAGAGUUGCACUCGGCUAUCGCCUCGUGCAACUCUUACGCAUCUUUCGUGCUCUCCAAACUUCCCGCGUGCAUCCAUAACUCGAUAUACGCACGCUAAGCAUGAACAAAUUCUUAAUUUUGGAAUCCGGUUAGCACAGCUAAAGGAUUAUCGAUUCAGGAAUCCAGAAUUCCUGUUCCACAGACAACGAAUCCUGAAUCUAGCCGAAAUUCACGGCGUCGAAUCCAUAAUCCAAGAAUAUUUCGGAUUUCCUCACCUGGAGUGGCAAAAGCAUCAAUUUUGUUAUAUAAAAAAGCGCGAGUUUAUAUUUGAAGAAAUCAAUUCGAAAGCCCCAUACUAAUGCUUCAUUUUUGCACCUCAAGUUAGUCGAAAGUUGUUCCUUUUUCAACGUGACAUAAAAAUGACUUAAUCAAGGUAAAUAUCCUGUGAUAUAUAGUACCACACUUAUUAGUAUUUUCUAAUAUUGAAAGUGGAAUAGUUUGUAAUAAGGAAAGGUCGUUAUUCAUCAAAAGCGUGAUGCAUAAUUUCAUAAGGCAUUAAAAUAUUCAUUGUUUUGUUCAUUACUUUCUAAAUGUUAGCUUGGCUCAGGCGCCGACAAUCAGGUCUGUUAUAUAGACAUGUCAAAAGGUGUGAAACUCAAAGCGAAAUCAAGGCACUAAAUUUUUCUUUCUAAUUAUUAUUAUUAUUGCUUUCUAAACUGGUGUUAGGUUGGCGCAAGCGAAAAUCAGUACUAUGAAAAGUUCUUGGAUCAAAUCAGCCAUGUGAUGUACAAAGGUACGUGGGAUCAUUGGGAGGAAGUAUCCCGACAUUUUGUGAAUGCUGUACUCUGAAAGUAAUAGAUACCUUUGAUUCUAAGACGAGGACGACUACAAGGAUUAAUACUAAGCAGUGCUUGUGCAAGAACAAGCGUCAUUUUGGCGGAAAACUAGAAAGUCGUCGUCAUUCUAAUACGAGUUUUUGCAAGAAAUGUCGGCGUAGUAGCGGAAACGAGUUAUGAAAAAUGUUAGAGGUUUUGUCAUUUUACGACCGGAAGAGGGUUUAACCUCCUUCAAUAAAGCUAACAGUGCUAACUUUUCUGGUGGAAAAAAAGUACAAUGAAGUUUUUUGGGGUGUUCACAGUUUUUGAGGCAAAAAAAACCUGAAGUCAAAUCUCGUACUAGCUCGUAAUAGUUCCCGUCUUAGAAUCUAAAGGUCUCUAAUCUUAAAUAAACGAGCUGGAGCGUUCUCGAUCAUUUCUGUGGCGUUCAAAACAAAAUUUUCUCGUAAAGGAGGAGCUUUUUCCCAGAUAGUUUGAGGCUGACCCCACACUGAAUCGUUUGGUUUCAAAAGUAUCUCACACUCGAGAUGAGAAACAACUAAAUGGAAAAACAAAGAAGGGAUGCUUCGCGAAUGCCCGAAUGAUAGCAUGAAAAUACAGCCACCUCUCAUCAUUACUCCUCGUUGCUGGGACUCUUCGCGUAAUUUAUGAGACUAGAACGCAAACGCCACUCCUGCGAUGAAAUGUCCCAACUGUGGGCGAUGGUAUUCCGAGGUUAAUUAACUGCAACUCGUUGAGGCAGGUCGUUGAAUAGAUGUGUAAUAUGCACAUUGAAUGUGACUGGCACUCUAUUUGCUUUUAAGACGGACUUUUUAAAAAAGCUAACAUUUGUGCUCUUGCUUAACCCAUCUUUAUCCUUCCAGUUGCACGGUAUUGCUGUUUUUUCUUUUGACAAAAAUACUCAUACUGUAUUUCAUAUAUCUUGCAAGUUGUUUAAUUGUGUUUUAAAUCACAAUUCGUCUUUCGAUCCACAGGUAACGAAACAACAUUUUCAGCCUUUAACCUUAUGGAUCUCCUACCAACCGACAUGACCAAGUAUUUCCGGUACCCAGGCUCCCUAACAACCCCGACCUGCAAUGAGGCUGUUACCUGGACUGUUUUCAACGAUACUGUCAAGAUAUCGCAGGCUCAGGUAAAACUUACAAUUUCUUGUUUUUGGACAGGGGUUUUCUUUGGUUCAUUUAUGUUUUUCUUACUUGUAUCAGGAACCAAUAACCCGGAGCGAGCAACUCCCUUGUGAUCAUGCAAAGGUUUUGAAUAUCAAAUAAGUCUAACAAAUCAGUCAUCAAAAACCAGAGACUAGAAAAAUGUAUUUGUGAUGUUUUCAGCGUUUACUUCUUCUUUUUGUACUUAUAUCGUAGUAUGGAUGCGCACGCAUACAGAACAGUGCUUCCCUUUACGCUCAUCUGCCUUACGCUAGAAAACUGAUCAAAAUUGAUACUAAAAAUAUCUUGAUCUGUGAGUUGCACGCUGCGGGUUAUGGGCUCCCGCUUCAAUACAGCUCCUGUUAAACUUUUUGUCGAGGCCAUCAAGCACUUAAGCUUAAGUGUUGCAUUGAAACUACUCGCCUGCAGCUUGUUGUUCCAUUUGAGGUUUGGGCUCCUGAUGGUCGAUAAGAGUACAGACCAUAAAAAUCUGAUUGUUGUCGAAUUGUUGAAUGACAGGUCCCUCAGGAAACAAGUUAGCAAGUUAAAUCUUGUUUCCCUAUCAUCGCGAUAAACUGAGACACAAAAAAUACUUUCUCCCUCUGGUCAUUAGCUGCUUUCUUGGUAUUUUCUUGAUGUUCUCAAAAUCAAAUUCUUUUGACUUACAUACAUUUAAGUAGCCAAAGAGUACGUUAAUUGUCUAAAGAAAGUAGGUGCUUAGUUUAAAACUAACAGUCUUCAAUUGGCUUGUCAUCCUGUGGGGAUUGGACAGACAAGAAAUUGUACAGGGUAAUAUUAAAACUGAAGCCUCUUUUAGGACAAGAAAACGUUCCCAUUUCUUUCGGGAUUAAUACUUUUGGCUCACACAUUUUACCUUAAAACUUUUAGAGAGUCUUUUUUAAGUUACUAUUCUGAAUUCUAGAGAUGGGGACCCCAAAAUUAGUUCGCAGACCAUAACCGUCAAUAAAAAAUCUGAAUAUACAACCAACCUACCCCCCCCCCCUCCCGUCACUCUCUCCCUUUGAAAUACGACAGCCCCACUUGUUACCCGCUGCCCAACAAACUCAAACUCCCCGAUUUGCGUUAUUGCUACACUUUAAUUACCCUGUAAAAAGACGUAGUUAUAUUUUUGUUUUCGUUCUUUUCGAAAACAUCGGCGAGCGCGCAAGCGAAGCGAUCGUGCGAGAACGAGUGCGAAGUGCGAGAAAUAAAAUUAAAGUCUCUUUUCUCCUUCCCCACCCCUACUCCCUUGCGCUGGCGGUCAACAAAUCCGCGGUUUUUGUUUUUUAUCACGCGCGCUCGACGGACUUUGAAGAGAAAAUAGAGUUUCUGUGAACAGGCUACAUUUUGAUGCACUUUACGAAGAAUUCUGAUCUUUGUUUGUGAUUGGCUCAAACAUUAAUUUGACUUUAGCAAGGGAAUCAUAAUGUUUUGUAACCAAACAUACACACGAAGAUUUCCCUUCGCAACAUCUCUCACGUGAAGCAUUUUUUGGAGAAAUUUGUCGUAAUAAUUAGUAUGCAAGAAUUAAAAAGUGUAAGCGUACCACAGGUAGCCAAAGUUCGGUGCAUAGAUUACCGCCUGUUUUCAUGAUACUGAUCUGCAUAAUACGAAUGAUUUACAGGCUAUGUAUGAGAAAUCUAAUAUAGUCAGGUUAAAAGGUAAAAAAUAUAGACACAAAUAUAGAAUAAAUUUCACUUACGUAAACUUGGGUUUCUUGAUGCUUUUUCUGUGUAACCUGAGCUCAGUUUAUGGCCAUUGUGCACGGUUUUGCGGCUCGUUGUUUGUUCGGUGUUGUUUUCUUACAUAAUACGAAGCAAGGCAGAUUACUGUGUGCAGUCUCAACUCACAAAUCAAAGAACAGCGCACCGAUUCGGCAUGAGAGCCACAAAUCAUUUUAAGGCCAGAUAAAUUUCUCAUCUCUUCCCCUCGUCAUGGGUAUUGCAAUGCGUUUUUGGUGGGAAAAACUGCUGAAAGCGUUCGUUUCUGGGCAAUCUGGCGUGCGCUCAGGAAACUCGAUGACUACGCGUUGCGUGGUGAACGCGCACACUUUAAAUACGCUCCUCUCAUUGGCUAAAUGCAAACACUUCUCGCGCCCAAUCAGCGGACUAUCUGAGGGUGGGAAGAUCCAGGAUUCAUCUUUUGGUAAAGAAAUGAAAUCCAUUUUCUUUUUCUCUUUACAGCUGGAUAACCUGCGUUCCAUGAAGUACAACGACUCCGCAAACAUUGUUGACAAUUAUCGCCCUGUUCAGCCUCUCCACGACCGCCAAGUGAAAGCCAGCUUUGGCGAGCCAAAGACUACCCCUCCUGUUACAAUCGAUGGUGUUGCUCUCCAAAUAUCCAAUGUCGUAUUGCUGUUGAUGCUCCUCCUGACAGCAGCCCUCUUUCAUUAAAUUGUCUACAAGUCGCUCCAUGUAAGGGAAUCAGGAUUCCGGAAUCUUGAAAAUGUUUGCUUGUAGAAUCCGGAAUCCGGGAACAUUUUGCUUGUGGAAUCGGAAACCUUGGCUUCUGCAAUCAGAAAUACAGCUCAAGGAAUCCAGAGUCUCACUGACAAAGACUGGAAUCCGGUGCCUGGAAUCCGGAAUGCGGAAUCCGGAAUCCAGGGCAUGGAAUCUAAAAUCGAAUACUGUCUUGAAUUCCCCUAUAUGGGGCGACGCAAGACUAGGUUCUCUACCCGAUGGGGUGGGAAUGAGGAGGAUCCUCUGUGUAGUAUUUUUGUGUGGUUGUGAGGAUAUCAUGGGUAACAUGCGAGUGGUACUUCGAUACUACAAUGCCAAACCGAGUCACAUUCAAAAACAUUUUCAUUCUGUUCUAGCUACUGGCCUCCAUCCUCUCAUGCUACCGGACAUUAUAUUUCUAACCAUAUAAGUCCGAAAACUAUCCUAACGUAUUCUAAAACAAAAGUGCGUGUAAUUUCUAUCACACAUCCCAUACUGAGCUGAUUGUCAAUGAUAUCCUCUUUGGCGCUUUAUUUUCAUAAAUUUUACAUAAGGGAGAUCCUCCUCCCCUGCCCAUUAUUUACUAACUUCCAGUUACUGUGUGACUUCCAAUAAAAAUUCUGGGAGCUUAGUAGUUAUAGAUUGCACUUCGCUGGCUGUUAAGUUUAUGUUCCUUUAGUACUUAUUUAGAACUAAACUUAAAGAAAUAUAUUUUGCUCUCAAGCACUUUUUAUUUACUUUCAAUUAUUAAGCACUCAGUCAGUUGGUGACAGAUUAUGACUUUGAAUACCACAUCCCUCAUUGUGAGGUUAUUCUUAGAUCUCUGACCGGCUAUUCCUUUUACAAACGUAUAUAGCGGCACUGUAGUCCAUCGCACCGAGGAGUAAUCUCUUGGACUGUUUAUGCUUAUAAUAUUAUGGCGCCCCAUUACCUUGUUUGGCGAGAAGAGCACUGCCCACAAUCAUUGGUGCUGAUGACCAAGUGGGUUGGCCAACAGCGUUAAGAGAGGUUUAUUUGAGCCCGUAAGGCCGUGUGGUAUAGUCGAGCAUGCAUAAUCAGCGCUCUGCUGACGGAGUAUGAAAUAAUUGUAGCACAAAAGAGG